UCACACUCACUUCCACUCUCUACACAUCACCAAACAAUGGAUCAGUUGCACGGCUACUCCAUGGACUCUCCCCUGAACAUCCAGCAACGGCCGGAAACCACGGCAACCAAUAGGAUCGACCCGGGUCUUUGGCUUGAACUCAUGUCAGCCAAUGAAGGAAUCCCAAUGGCCGACCCAAAUGAUUCACACUCGACCCCAGCCCCGACCAUGUUUACUCCAAUCGUCGGACCUAGUGGCAGCCAAGUACAGGUGCCGGGUUUUCAAUUUCCCGCCUACCGGGCCCCCGUGCCCUUCAGUCCACCACUGCAAGACAGUGGGAUGUUCUCCUCUCAUGACACGAUCCGUGCAAGUCAUGUGACGGCGCAGGAUCGUCAACCUCCAAGAACCCCUCCAGGCCCCUUCCAAUGCAAGUGGGAGGGCUGCCACUACUCCGGUUACUUCAGCCGCGAGGCAGACCUCAUACGCCACCUCAGAAUGCUACACAUCAACCCUCGUGCUCAUCGCUGCUGGUGUGGGACCGUCUUUAAUCGGCGGGACAAUCUUCAGGAUCAUGCUCGACGCCAUCAUCACCAUCGUCAUCAUGGCUGACAUUUGCUCUCUGAUGCUCCUCUUGCUGGGUUGAUUUGAUACUUUUGAUUUAGAGAGGCGCUAUAGCCACACUUUUCACAUACCUUUGCUUACUAUGUUGUAAUGUCUACUUCUUAUAGAUACGCAGAAUCUUCACCCUUU